GCAAACCCUUUUUUUCCUUUCGUUAUCUUCUUCCUCAAGCAAUUUUCCUCGGAUUUUUUUUUGGAUUAGAGUGGUGGUGGUGAUGAUGAGAAGGCAACGAGAUGAACAACAAUCUAGGGUUUUCUACGAUCUAUCAGCUCUUGUUUUGAAUCUUCUCCGUUCUCCUCCUAUGCCGAUUUCUUUACCUGAUCAUUUCCCGGAUCCGCCGGCUAGAAUUCGUCCUCCUCCUUCGCAUCGUUUUUCUUCGUCUUCGCCUUCCAUGGCUCAUAUUUCACCAUCGGGGUUCGCGUCGCUGCUUCUUGGUAUAUCUGUGGCUCUUAUGCUUUGUGGAUCUGUGACUUUCUUCAUCGGGUUUCUCUUGAUGCCUUGGGUUAUUGCUCUGAUUAUGGUUUUCUAUGUCGCUGGCAUCGUUUCCGCCAUUUCUAUGGUUGGGAGGUCGAUUCUAUGUUACGUCUUGACGCCACCUUCUCCCUCCGGAAAGGAGAUUUCUGGUAAAAAUUUCAUUCAAAUUUGUCAAAAUUGGUAGUUUCUGCUUUUGAUUUCAAUGAUUCAAGCUUUCUACUUUCGUCACGGAUCUGUUUAGAUUUCAAACAAAGUUUCCUUCUUGAUUAUCUCGAAAUGAUUCUGCUGGGUUUUGGUUCUUUCCUUAUCUUGUUUGAAAUGGAGGUUCGAAUUAGGGUUUUCUUGAAAGCAACAACGCAAAAUGGGAAUUUUUGAUGUUUGUUCUGUUUUUGACUGAAACGAUCUCGUUCUUUGCUUCCUCUUGGAUCAUGAUAGUCUUUGUUCCAUCAUUCAUUUUCACACUACUUUUGUUGUCUGAAAUUAAACCUGUGUUUGUUAGUUUCAUGUUCUUGCAAUAAUCUUGGUUUUGACAU